AUGAGGUACAGUAUUGGUCUAGUAUUUACCGUGCUUUUUUUGGGUACCGCUGAGGUGAACGCCUUUUUCAAUUUUGGUAAUCAUCAUCAGCAACAGCAGCAACAGCAACCGCAAUCAUAUGAAGAACAAGUUUUGAAUAACCCAUGUGAUGGGUAUUUGUGUCCCGACACCUUAACGUGUGUACCACAGCAGAAGGACUGUCCCUGUCCCUUCCCCAAAUCCCAGCUUAAGUGUGCCCUUCCUAACAAUAAGUACGUUUGCGUAUCAAAGCCAGCCACACAUGAUGAAAAGCUGAGAGCAAUAUAUGACGAUCCUGUAAAAGGCCCCAAGGCAAAGAACAAGGGCUUUAGAGAUUGUGGAUGGGUAUCCGAGGCUUAUAAAAGUGGUUAA